GAUCUGGCCCGCUGGAAGGUGUGGGCGGGGCGGCGGCGGCAGGUACUGCUUGCCCAACCCUGCCAACUUCCACCUUCGUGGCCCCGCCCCGUCGGGACUGAGGUGCUAGCGCUGCUCAGAAUGUCAGGAGGAAGGCAGACACGGUUGAAAAUGAAGUCAUCUGUGGGCACGGAAGAGUUACAAUUGUAACUUAGCCUGGGGAAAAAUUUGGCCUCUGUCAGCAGCCAAUAAAGGAGGAGUUUGUCUGUGCAUCUGACUCAUAAUCAGCAGAGCACAAGACUGCGUUGCAGAAGUGUGCUGCGUUGGAGAUCCUCUCUUGUCUUCUCCAGAGCAGUUGACCGCUAUCAAUCCUGCGUAUUCGCUGCUUACAUUCUUUGAGUCCUUUUCUAAACAUCGCAAAAUGUCAAACCUGAUGCCCAUCCUUUCCCAGAAAGAUCUGGAGAGUAUUUGUCUAACUAGGACGGGAUUUGGCUUUGCUCUCAAAGCCUUCUAUGCACCUCAGAACAUAGAUGUCUCCUUGAAGUUGUUGACUAGCCAGAGAACAACAGAGAGAGAUUUAAAUGCACUUCUUCAAGAGGUAGCCAGCAUACAUUGCAUACAGUGCAACAGGCUCAUGCCUCCUGUUGGGAUCUACAAGUUCCAAGGAGUUCUUGGGGUGGCCACUGAAUGGAUGCAUAAUGGAUCUCUCAAUUCGCUCAUUCAUGAGCAUGAACUCUACCCAGAACUGCCUUUUCCUCUCUGUGUAAGAAUCCUAACAGAUGUGACAGAGGGCCUAAGUUAUCUACACAGUUUGAAGCCUCCCGUCUUUCACCACAGCCUAAAACCCUCAAAUGUCCUACUAGAUCUGCAGUACAGAGCUAAGAUCUCAGAUUUUGGCCUAGCCACAUGGAGAAGGCAGCAACUAAGAUCUGUCCUACAGAACUGUAACAACAGAAGCUGUUGGGAUUUGCUUUAUCUCUCCCCAGAAAUACUUCAAGGGGGUAGCUUUUCACAAGAAGAUGAUGUUUACAGUUUUGGAAUGAUGUGCUGGGAAAUCCUAGUCAGACAGAAGCCAUUGAAAGGCAAGAAGUCUUUGAUGGAAGCUGUGACAGGAGUCUGCAGUGGCUUGCGCCCUGGGAUUGAACCAGAGUUCAUACCAAACAGUCUGCCACAUAGCAACAAGCUGCUACAGCUCAUAGUUCUCUGCUGGCACCAAGAGCCCAGCUACAGACCACAUGCUACAGAAUGCUCAAUACUUCUACGAGAAAUUCUUGGCACAUUUAGGGAGGAGAUGAUUUCCGACGCAAUAUACAACAUGAUUCAAGCAAAGGACUGUGCAAUAGAUUCUGCCAAAAGCCCAGUUUCUCAUACACUUAAAACACAUGCGUGCAACUUAGAGGUUAUCUGUCCUCAGAACAACAACAGGCUCAACAAAGAAGUUACUCUAAAAUCGCAUAGCUUCUCUGACCUUCACCUUGAGCGUGGUGCAGAAAGGACAGGGAAGGAUGGCAGCCAGACAGACUUGGCCAGCAACACUACUCAAAACAGAGCACUAGAAAGAGGUCAUCUCUUCUGUAGCAGCAAAGAGUCAAGUCAUCCACAUUCUUCUUCCCCUUUCCUUAUUCCCGAUUCAAGCCCACUUGUAAAAAGUCCUUCCACAUUUUGCAAAGAGUCAGAGGGCUGGCAACCACGGCUGCCGCAACUAGUGCAAGCACCUGAUGACAGCCUCCCAUACAGCAACCUUCGGAACAAUGGGCCUGAAAACCCAGUAACAGGUCCUUGCUGCAGAGAGGGAAACUGCUCUAUCCUAGCCUGCGGGCGGGAAACUAUCUUGAGAUGCAUGACAGAAGGGCGCUUGAACCACCUCCUAGACGUUCUGCGUUCCCAGCAGCUGUUGUCCAAGAUGGACUAUGAAAUGAUCACUUCGUUCCCCACCUUGACUGGCCGGGCCCGUGCUUUGCUCGACACUUGUCUUGGCCUUGGGGAGAAGGCAGCCCAGACUGUGGUGGCUGUUCUGUCAGCCAGCAAGUGCAGCCCUUUCCUACGAAGCAUCCAGGCAAACACAGUAAAUUAAAUGAUUUAUCUUACAGCAUUUUGGAGAGCUGGUUAAAAAGGAAAAGUCUGCGAACUGAUGAUUUGCAGUGGCCUCGAUCCUUUGCACCAUCGUUACCUUGCAUCAUGGAUUAGAGUCUUGCCUGACUUCUGCUCAGAGAACGGUAUCCUCUGAAAGAAGAAGCAUAAGCUGGAGGAAAGGGUCAAGCCAUCCGCUGCCUGCAGCAGUAACAGCUGCAUCCUUUUAAUACAGUCACCCAGUGUUGGAAUGAUGGUGUGGCUGGUCAAGUUUUGGCUCUUGAGCUCCUUGCUCUUACUCAAGGAGGAGUAAGAGCAAGCACCCCUUGUUUUUCUGUCGUCUGAGAGCAGAUUGCUGAAACUUGGCAAAUAAUUUUUUAAAAGGAAAGGGCAUUUAAGGGCAGUGCUCCCCCUGUGAUGCAGAGAGAAAAGGCUGCCAGAGUGAGCAGAAUUAAAUAUAACUAAGCCAUUACCACAGCAGGCGCCUUAUUUAAAACAAAAUUUCAUUAAUGGCGGAGUCUCAGGUAGGCUUUCAAGCAGUCAGUGAGGCAUUUUGCUCAAGUGUUUUUGAACAAAUUAUUUUUGGUGUCUGCACCUGAAAUUUAGGUGGCGUGAAUGUGGAGAACUUCUGAAGUGAUGCUUUUGAACAUGCCAGUGUGAAGACUGUUAGCAUUCUAUUGCCAGCUGUGUUUGCUGAUAUCAGCAGGGGAUGUUGUAUACUUGGCCGUGUGGCCAGAGGAUGGUGGGGUAGGAAGGCACAUGUAGGCACCUGGAUCAACCUGCUACCAAAGAUAGGCAGGUUUAUAUACAAUUAUUUAAAUUUAAAUUUUUUGAAACAAUUACUGUCUACUACCUUUCAAUAAAUUCUAGAAUGGUGUACAAUAUGCUUUUAUUACCAAAAAUCAGGCAGUUUUUGAAACAAGUAGUAGCUGAGCAUGUAAAAAUAUGCAUGCAAAGAUGAAUUAAAAUAGCUUUCCAGAGGCUCCCACAUGGAUAAAUAGCUGUAACUUAAACACGGUAGUUGCCUUUGAAUGAUUUCUGUAAAUAAUAUAUAUGAUGGAAAAUGAUAUUGAAAUAGAAAAAAGAAUUUUUAUAAAUUAAUAAUGACGAAUCAAAGCAAGAUGUUUAAUAUAAAGGAAACAUGGAGAUGGGAAGUCAUGGGUUCAGGUAGAAAGCACAUAGUUGAAAUUGCAUGUAUCUUUUGUGAUAUUUUUUCUGGAUUGAUGACAGUGAAGAUGACUAGGUGUUGUAUGUAUGUGGAAAAUGAAUAAUAAAGCAUUUUUAAAAAUACACACACCACCUUUCCACAGCAAAUGCAUCAACACAGGAAGUUGCCUUAUACCAAGUCUAUCAACAGUUCUUCCAUGAUUUCAGACAAGGAGUCUUUCCUACCCCAACCUGGUAGAGAUGCAGGGGUUGAAUAUGGGACCUUCUGCAUGCAAGGUAUCUGCUCUACCACCAGCUAACCCCCCCCCCCCAAAAAAAAAAUUGUUGAAGUAAACAUAUAUUGCUGGGGGACAUAAUUCAUAGCGCAGCACAGAAGGUCCCAGGUUCAACAGUUCUGAUCAGGGAGCCAGCCAGCUAAACAUGUAAAAUUAAAUAUCAGCAAAUAAUCCUAACAAACAUUUUUCACAUGGCUGUGCUGGGGAUUGAACCUGCGAACUUCUGCAUGCAAAGCAGAAACUCUGCCACUGAGCUAUGACCCUUCUCCAGACUGAUGAAAGAAAUUGUGAAUGCCUGCCCCCCUUUUCCUUUACAUUUGAAAACAGCUGUAAUUUUUCAGAGGCAUGCCAAGCGCAGCCCAACACCCUACUCCAGAGAUGUGCUGUACAAAUGAUCCAGGGAAGAAACAGCAGAGCUGUGUAAUGAUUAGCUGGCUCUGUUGAAAUGUAGGUGUCAGUCUUUGCAUCUUUUUUUCCCCUAGUGGGACUCCUGCCUUUAACAACUGCCCAAAACCUUAAUAUUCAGCAAGUGAAUAUUGGCACCACUUGGCAAAAAUUCUCACCAGCUGCAUUGAAUCAGAGGCUCUGUACUAGAAAUUUUAAGCAAUCCUACUUGCAGACCAAACUGAGUCUGCCCAAACUGCAGGAGGCAGUGGAAGACAGGAGUGCCUGGCAUGCUCUGACUAAACAACAACAACAACAACUUGCAGACAUUGGAAGCACCACAUAAAACAUCAGAGCACCCAGGUGGCAAGUUACAUGCUGUAACAGACACAGUGCUCAGUUAAACAAUGGAACUCACUUCCACAGAGGGCAGCAGUGGCCACCAACUUGAGUGGCUUUUAAGGAAGAUUAGACAAAUUCAUGGAGGAGAGAGCUAUCAAUCACUACUAGCCACAAUAGCUGUGCUCCGCCUCCACAGUUGGGAGGCAGCAAUGCUUCUGAAUACCAGUGGCUGGGAACCAUAGGAAGAGAGUGUGUUCUUGCGCUCUUGUCCAGCUUGCCGGUUUCCAACAGGCAUCUGGUUGGCCACUGUGAGAACAGGAUGCUGGACUGGAUGGGCCAGAUCCAGCAGCCUCAUAUGCAUAGAUGCCUAAAUCUGCAAUCCUAUUUGCAGACAGAGGGAGCUCCCUAGAUAGAUAGUGUACCCAAAGCUGCAAAGUACUGUGGGAUCAAUGCUAUGUGGUAGGUAGAAUGGAUGCAAAAAUGUGCAGGCAGGGGGAAUCAGGGCACCCAUGCCUGUAAGAUAUCACUGGAUCAAUGCUAUAUGGCAGAAUGGAUGCCUAAUAUCUUUCCUCUUGCUCAACAAUUUGCCCCAGUUUAAUAUUCUGCUUCUAAAUUCCCUCAGGACAACUAGGCAUCAUCACACUAGUGCCAAAACCAUAACCUACAUAUUUCUGUUGAGAUGCAACUUCUCAAGCUGCUGCAAGAAACACUUUGCCCACUCUUUGCCUUUUGCAUGAACAUGAACAUGAAUGGUUGGUCAUUUCCCGCUAAGCAAAAGAAGGAGAGAUUUUUAACACAUGUAUACAAAUUGCAUAAUCAUGGAGGCAUCUUCUACUAGAGCUAGGGAUGUUGGGAGUGGCUGCUAUGAAUGAGAACUUCUGAGCAAACACAAGCAGGAUCUAGAAUUACAGGAGGCAAAUACAGCUGACGUGCUCUGCUCUUAGUCCUAUAACAGUUUGUCACUAACUUUAAGGACUCAGAACUAAAGGGCAGGCAUUCAUGUAACUUCCCCGUGGUUUUUCUUUUUAGGGGGUGGGGGGAAUGGGCAGUCAGGUACCAAGGAAAGGUGAGCAGGGAAGGGUUGUGUUGUUGUUUUUAACUGCUUUUGUAUUUCAGAUUUAAAAUUGCUCCUCUUCCUCCAAAGGUCACAGCUUUUGUAGUGAGGGGAGCUAGGGAGGCUGGGAGUGGCUACUGAACAACCAGAAUGCAAAUGCAGAAUAUAUAAUUUAAGUAGAUUAAAUGUAUUUAAAUAUUACUAAGAUACAUUUUUACAUUUUGCAGGAUUUUAAAAUAAUCCUGGUUUUUCUAGUAUUUUUGCACGCCAAAUGGAAUGCUAGAAGGAAGAUAAAAGGACCCCUGACCAUUAGGUCCAGUCGUGUCCAACUCUGGGGUUGCGGCGCUCAUCUCGCAUUAUGGGCCGAGGGAGCCGGCGUAUUGCUUCCAGGUCAUAUGGCCAGCAUGACAAAGCCGCUUCUGGCAAACCAGAGCAGCACAUGGAAACGCCGUUUACCUUCCCGCUGUAGCGGUUCCUAUUUAUCUACUUGCAUUUUGACAUGCUUUCAAACUGCUAGGUUGGCAGGAGCUGGGACCGAGGAAGAUAGAGGUAAGCAAUUGAAGAUAUAGUAAGCAAUCAGGAAGAGCAAGUGGGACCCACAACAACAAAAUGUUGUAGUAUAUCCUCACUUCAGAGGAGUGCUCCUGUUUAGGGAUCCUGAAGCACAAGCAAGGCAACCUCCUCUCCAUCUCUCCUCCUCACCCAACCCGUGAGCUUUCCAUUUUUCUUUCCUGACACACAGGAGUCUGUAGCUAUUGGGUGUGCUCAGUCUUCACUGAGCUACUGCAUAGGGGUUUUCCCCCAUUUUAGGGUUUUGUACUUCUACAAAUCUUGUGAUUUGUCCAAGUGCGCCCUGUUAUUUCCUACUGGCCCCAUUUUGGCUAUAACCCUGUUAACACUCAGCCACCUGAAUUUGCUAUUAGAGGGAAUGAUCUUACCUGCAUAUCUCCUUAUAAAUAAAAUAAAAUAGGAAAUAAAAUAAACUAUAAGGCUAUAAACUUUUUUAAAAAAAAACCAAAGAAACUGAAAAUUCAUGGAAGGG